UUAAAAGCUUUCGGGCGGACUUUUAUUUUGUCUUUGGCGAACCGGAACACAUGUACAGAGAGCGUGCAGCAUGGCUCCGGGAGGAAAGAUCAACAGGCCGAAAACAGAUUUAGGGAAGAACCUCUUCAAAAGGCGAAGACUUCUAAUGAAGCAGAAGAAGAAGAAGCACCGUAUCGUUGGAGCGGUGGUGGACAGUGGCCUUAUAACCAAACAUCACCUGAAAAAGAGGAGCACCAGUUCCAGGGCAAACAUCACCCUGUCUGGGAAAAAGAGACGCAAACUGCUCAAGCAGCUGCAGCACAUGGAGAAGGAAAAAUCCAGCAUGGAAGUUGAAACGCAGAAACCUCAGAAGAAAGCUCCUGCUGUGGAGAAGACGCCCCCCGCCGCACAGCAACCGAAGAAAACCAGACGUGCCGCCUCAUCCGCUGCGUUGGAAAUGAUGGAUGUGGAAUGAUCAGUACUGGAACUCGCGGUUUACGUUCGUGCUUCGACAGAGGACUGAAAAAUGUUCAUUAUGCUGACGUUUAGAUGUAUGAUGUAUAUAUUAGCGAGUGAUCAGUAAUGUACUUGCUGCAUUGAGGACAUUCCCGGUGCCUGUGCCCUCGUCUUAAACGCUGCGGGUGCAAAGUCCGAGGUUGUGAUGCUGUUUUCCCACAAUGCUGCUCUCAUCCUCGUUUUUGCUGAGAUUUGGACUCUGUCUGUCUGUCUGUCUGUCUGUCUGUCUGUACCACCUCUGCAUAUCAAAAAUGCUCAAACUGGCGUGGAGACACCUUGAAGUACGAGCUGCGUCUCGUUUUUGAUCAGGAAGAUCAACGCCGGAGUGACUGCGUUGGAGAUGUGAGCUGAGGCUGUGGAGGCUGUUGAUACUCCAGCAGUCUUGCGUCUUCCUUCAGCCUGGAUUCUGUGGGUCAGCGUACGGUUACACCUGGCCUGUGACUCGCACUGCGUCUGUGCUCUAGUGCGGUCAGUUACGUUCCAGAGGGGCUUCAGCAGAGCUGACUGUGUUGGCCUGAUGGGUUUUUUUGUGAAGCGCAUUAAACCGACAGAAGUGCAGAGUCUUUGUGUCUGUUGUUAGUUUGUGUCCUGAAAACAGCAGAAUACCCGCCUGAGUGGACUUGCCUGUCUCCGGCUUGGGGUCUUGGGGUUUUGUGGGACUGCCUGACUCGUGAUUAAACAAGUUUCCCUCCAGAUGUGAAUUUACUCCAGAGUAAUAAAAA